GGGUUAAGAAUCUGGUGUUGCUCCAGCUGUGGUUUGGAUUCCAUCCUUGGUCUGGGAACUUCCAUAUGCUGUGGAUGUGGCCAUAAAAAAUUACUAUGACGGAGAACUUGGAGGAAAGGAGGAAGUUUCAUAUUUUGGUGGCUUUAAUAGCACCUCUUUCCUAGUUUUUGAAUCAUGCAUUUUCAUUCUGCACUGGGCCCUGCAAAUGAUGUUGCUGGUUCUGACAUGGAGUGAACCUCCAGUCUCAGAAAAAUAAGAUAAUACUUGAAACCACCUCUAAUUAUAGGGCUUGUCCUCCUGGAAACCAUGAUGUUUCGUGGUGUCCCUGUGGUCCAAAGAUGGCCCCUUGGUGUUGAUUUUCAUGUCAUUUACUUCUUUAGUACAGACCCCCCCAGCUCCUAACUCAAAUCCUCCUAUAUUAAGUUAAUUUGAGUGUAGCACAAAUAAGCAUUUGUUUAGCCAUUUAGGGCUCACCUGCCUUGCACUUGCCACCUGCUCACCAUGGAUCAGGCAAUCCCUGUGGCUAUGACAGACUCCACAUCACUGCUGCCUCUCUGAGCCCUCUGACCCAGACACCCCCACCCUGCUGCUGAGUGAUAUCCUCCCCUCUGAUGUGCCUCUCUUCUGGGAGUUCCCAUGUCCUUCAGGGUGAUGGCCUCAGGCCACUGUCUCUGGAAGGCCUCUUCCUAUAACUCUGUCCAGGUGCCACCCGAUACAGCCUGUGGUGUUACUGCCUCCUGUGGCCCUGACUCUUCUUCGAUCAGCCCCCAAGUCCUGGAAGUCACUACACUCCUGUCCUUAGAAUUCACCUAAUCAAAUGCAUCUGUCUUCUCCCCAGUGAGAUGUGAACAGGGGGACUGAUCCCUUAGCAGUUUGCAGCACAGCACUUCCCUCAGGAGAGUCAGUUGGCUAUUUGUGGGAGCUCACAUAAGAUUCUAUAGGUUACACCCUGGAUGUUUGUGUCUCCCCACCCCAAUUCUUAUGUUGAAAUCCUAAUCCCAAAGUGAUGAUGUUUGGAGGUGAGGGUGAUUUGCCAUAUGAUUAGGUCAUGAGGGUGAUGCCCUCAGGAGUGUGAUUCAUGCCCUUAUCAAGGAGACCUCAGAGAGAUCCCCAUCCCCUUCUGCCAGACCUGUGAGAAAUGAAUGCCUAUCAUUUAUAAGCCUCCAAGUGGGUGGUAGGUUGUUACCGCAGCCUGAACAGGCUGAGACUCUGUACAUCCUGAAUUUACAUGAGAAGCCACAUGAAUCCCUAACAGGAAGCAGAGUUUCUGUCACCUUAUUAACAUUCAUUUGUUUCAGAGAAUCCAACUGUGAGUCUUUCAUGUUUGCAACUUUCACUUGCUAAUGAAUCAGGCUUACUUUCUAAGAAGCAAAAAUAAUGAGAUAAUAAAUAAGAUAAAUGAAACCUUGUGUAACUGAAAAUAUCUGGAGGUUUGUCUUUUCUUGGGGACUUCAGUCUAAGUGAGGUUGGAAGGGGAUAGAGAAAACAAGUUUUCAGUCUAUCCUCUCUCAUUAGAUUAUUCAUAAAAUAUAAACAAUAUGUGUAAAAAAUAGCAAACAAAAAUAUUGUGCUGACUAAGGCUAAAGUUAGGAUAUUCCCCAAUAGCUUUUAAAAAUAAAAUGUUGGAGUAAUUUUAGACUUACUGGAAAGUUGCCAGGAUAGUGCAGAGAGUCCCCAUCUACCCCUCCCCAGCCCCCCUUUGCUAGCAUCCAUGUUAAUGGUUAUUAAUAGUAAUAGUUGUGGUUCAUCUGUCAAAACCAAGAGAGUAAUGUUAGAACAUGACUACUGACUAAAAGAGUGAGGUGUCCUUCUCCCCUCAUUCCUUGUGUAAGGGGCACAGGAUACAAACAGGACUGACCCCUCCUGAGGUUAACCUUGAUCGUUUGGUAAGGUGUGCCCGCCAGGCCUCCCCACUCCUAAAUGACUGUUCUUCUCUCUCCAUGUUCUGUUCUUUGGAAGCAAAUCACUUUCAUUUAAGUUGAGACAAUUAAGUCCCACCUCCUGAAGCGGGGGGUAUCAAUAGAUACCAGUUUGUCACUUAGUGUUCUUCUAUUGAGAAAUGUGUUCAUUUUCUCGAGUAUAUUUAUAUAUGCAAUCUCUAAUUGAUAUCAGUAGGGCAUGAGGAAGUAAAUUGGUGAUCUUAUCCAGAUCACUUAUGAAAACUACCUUUUGCAUAACACAGCAAUCAUUUGUUGCUUUGGGGGGAUUUAUGGUUUUCACAAAUGCUUCUAAGGUAUUUCCACAUUAGUGGCAAUAAUAGUAGCAGGGUGAUGCUGAUGGUUAUUUCUCUAUAAUCCAUGCUUUCUUAAAGUGUAUCCUGUCCCUCUCUCACAAGCGGGCGGGUUAAAGUGGACAGUUCAGACCUUUCUCGCCACCCACAUAACUGUGGGCUCUAUGAGAAGAGCACAGAAACAUCCUCACUUCUCAUACACCUCACUGAUCAAGAUGUUAUCAGGCUGAGAAGUGUAUAAAUGUGGGUGUUUGCUGCCCUUUUCUCCUGGACCCUGUGCUGAUCUCUCGAGACCUGCAAGUCAUGAGGAUGUUCCUCUUUCUCUUUGCUGUCUUCUUCUUUCUGGCCCCAGCCAGGAGUGGAUCUUUUGGAAAUAAAUGCUACAGGCUUAAAGGGAGAUGUGUGGACCAUUGUCAGAUAAAUGAAGAACUUGUUGGUCUCUGCCAGAAGUUUCUGAAAUGCUGUGUGACACUUCAGUCGUGUUGGAAAAAUAAGGAUAGCCCUUAAGAUCUCAGGGCAACACGGAUGACCCAGCUCCAUCUUGUUUUCCACUCUGGCUUCCAAUAAGAAGACAUUUCAAUAAAAAUAAAUGACUGACUUUUAUCUAUUUGUCAAGUGCUUCACUUAGAAGGGGAACAUGAGUAGCCAACUUUGAUGGUCUCUUACUCCUGGCUUAUUUUUCUGUGUGUGUAUAUAUAUAUAUAUUUUUUUUUUUUUGAUAAGGGAAUUAUCUCUAAGCCACCAGACAUUUCUUUUUAAAAGGGGACUAGAAGCGAUUCUAAUCAACAAACCUCUAGCUUACUCUCAGGCAGUCAACCCCAGCCAACCUGUUGAGAUAGAUGAUAGAUGAUGGGUGGGUAUAGAAAUGAACAUAUAUCUAGAUGGAUAGUUAUAGUAAUGAUAUACAGAUAGAAAAUCUAUUUAUCAAGGAUAUCCUGUGUCACACACCUGUCUGAAUCAUCUUGCCUCCAUGCCUCUGACUGUAAUUGGAGACAGUUUCUGUGGACUUGUUCUUGAUCUAUAAGCUUGGAAUCAAAUUUGCCAAUAGGCAGAGAGAAUGUAAAUGUCUCUGUAAUUCCCACUAGUUUCAGUGACCAGGAUCCUGGUCCCAAAUUGGCUUUCUACUAUUUUCCCAGAUGCCAAAUUACCUCCUGACUCUAAGAUCUCAUGUUACCUAGUUCAAGUACAAAUUCUCUGUCAUAUUCCCUAGGCUUAAGAAACAGCCUUGGUUUCCUGCUAGGUCAGAAAUCUUGCCAUAUCUCCCUUUUAAUUCCUCAAGUUCAAUGUACAUAAUCCUAUUGGAAUUAAUGACCCUUUUAAUGACACUUUUUUGUUUUGAGACAAUUGUAGGAUCACAUACAGCUGUAAAAAAUAACACAGGGACAUCUUCUAUACUAUCACCCAAUCUCCCCCCCCCCAUGGCAUCAUCUUGCAAAACUAUAGUACAGUAUCAUAAAUGAGAUACUAAUGUGAUUCAGAAUAUUCCCAUCACCAUUAAGAUCCCACAUGCUACCCUUUUAUGGCCACACUUUCAGGAAUGUUGUAUCAGUAGAAUCAUACAGUAUUUAACUUUGUGGGAUUGGCUUUUUACUCAGCAUAAUUCUUUGGAGGUUCUUCAAAUUGCUGCAUGUAUCAAUGGCCUUUUCCUUUUCAUUGCUGAGUAAUAGUUUUCCAUGGGAUGAGUGAACCACAGUUGUUUAACCAUUCUCCCAACAAAGAACAUCCAGAUUGUUUCCAAUUUGGUGCUGUUACAAAUUUAUUAUAAACAUUGAUGUUUACAGGGUUUUGAGCAAAUGUAAAUUUUCAUUAUUUGAGAUAAAUGUUCUAGGGUACAGUUGCUGCAUCUUAUGGUAGUUGUAAAUGUAGGGUUUUUUUUUUUUUUAAGAGAAUGUCAAACUGUUUUCCUGAAUGGCUUUCCCAUUUUACAUUCCUGCCAACAAUGUAAGAGUGAUCUAGCUUAUCAACAUUCUAGCCAGAAUUGGCUAAAAAUAGUGGUCACUAUUUAUUUAUUUUUGCUAUUCUGGUAAGUGUGUAUUGGUAGUUCAUUGUUAUUUUUAAUUUGCAGGUCUAUAAAUGUUAAUGAUAUUUAACAUCUUUUUGUGUACUUAAUUGCCAUCUCUAAAUCUCCUUCAGUAAAAUAUCUGUCACAUGCUCAUUUUCUAAUUGUAUUGUUUUUGUUUUUACUGUUUUUUUUUUCUUUUUAGGGCCACACCCAUGGCAUAUGGAAGUUCCCAGGC